GAGAGUGUCGUCUAUCCCGCAACAACACAAAGACACUACACUUGGUGGUUGGAUUGAGCGGGAGUUGUCUUGGGGCUUCGCAGGAGAUGCUGCCGGACCAGCCUCUCAGCUCUGUCUCCUUGUGCAUGCACAGGACAUUGUGCAGAAAGCAUCACUUUCUGUGGAUAUUACUCAUCCUGUUAGUGGUCUGCAUUGCCAUUCAGACAUUGGUGGCCCGCCAAGCCAGGUAUGACGAGCUCCCACAUGUGGAAUUCACUGCUGGCAAUGAACACAUGUUCCCGCCUCUGCAAAAUGUCGGGGCAGAAAUGGAGGAUGUGAUAUCAGCACAGACAGAAAGAAAUGCAAAGGUUCAUUAUCAGACUGACCAAAAUGGAAAACCAGACACUGAUAUCCAGUCAAAAUAUGUGGAUACAACCAUCUUCCAUUCCACAGGCUCUCAGACCAAGGGUGUUUUACCAGGAAAGUUUUUGCCGCUGGAUGAUCAAAACAAACUGAAGACUAGACAUGCAGUUUCUUUGGCCCCAGAGAGUGAUGCAAAGAGUUUCUUAGCUGGCAAAUACAGUAACCACCUCAACGCCUCCUCUUCAUCAAAUGCAGUCAAACAAAACAAUACAACUGUUUAUACUGAAAGGAAGUGUUUGCCAAGUUCUCACAUUGUAUUCCUUAAGACACACAAGACGGCAAGCAGCACAAUUCUAAACAUCCUUUACCGCUAUGGGGAAAGUCGGAACUUGACCUUUGCACUUCCCCGAAACAAACAAAAACAGCUGUUUUACCCCCACUUAUUUGCUUCACAUUUUGUGGAAGGUUGCAGCAGCAGAAAUGUGAAGGAGUUCCACAUCAUGUGCAAUCACAUGAGGUUCAGAAAAGCUGAGGUGGCAAAGGUGAUGCCUGCGGAUGCAUUCUACUUCUCCAUCAUAAGAAAUCCAGUUGCCAUGAUGGAGUCCAUCUUUAUUUACUACAAGAGCAUCCCAGCCUUCCACAAGACUCAAAGCCUGGAUGACUUCCUUGACAACAGAUUCCAAAACUACAGCUCAUCAGUUCUUAACAACCAUUAUGCUCACAAUAUUUUGGCAUUUGACUUUGGCUUUAACAACGAUGUUACUGCAGCUGUUGAAGACUUUGAGGAAAGAACUAAUAGGUCUAUUGCUGCAGUUGAACAGGACUUCCACCUCAUUCUUAUUUCGGAAUACUUUGAAGAGUCUAUGGUCUUGCUCAAACACAGCCUUUGUUGGUCUCUUGAUGACGUCGUUUCAUUUAAACUGAACAGCCGCAGUGAACGCACGCGUCGCCCACUUUUACCUACAACUGCAGAAAAAAUCAAGAGGUGGAAUGCUCUCGACUGGAGGAUCUACAUGCAUUUCAACAGAACUUUUUGGCACAAAGUGGAUACUCUUAUUGGACGAGAGCAGAUGAAAGUUGAAGUUUCUCAUUUGAAAAGGUUACAGGCUAAAUUAGCUAACACUUGUCUGACAGAUGGCGGGCCAGUUGACCCACUCCAAGUAAAAGAAGCCAGAUUAAAGCCAUUCCAGUAUGGAGCAGCUGUCAUCCAGGGCUACAACCUCAAUCCACACAUAGAUGCACAAACCAAAACCAAAUGUGAGAGACUAAUAACACCAGAACUGCAGUAUACAGAUAGGCUCUACACCCAGCAGUUCCCUGAGUUAGCGGCUAAGCACAGAAAAGCAAGGGCUGCCAUACAAAGUCAGCACUCGGAAAUUACAGAAUUGGCAAGAAAAGCCUUGAAAAGGAAAGCCCAAGACAGGCACACAACUUACCUAAAACCUUAACAGUCAAAAGACCUGCAAAAGUACCCACUGACAAACACUGAAAUAUCUUGUGUCUAUCUAUGAUGUACUGAGUCAAUACACUUCAACUUGACAAUCAUUUGUAAUCAUGAAACAUUGCCAUUGCUACACCAAAGAAAUACACUACUCAUGAAAAGGUGGGGAUAUCUGGCUUUCGGGUGAAUUUCAGGAUGAUCCCAAAAUGCAGGUGAACUUAAUUUGUUCAAUUUCUGUGCCAAGGAGCUGAACAGCAAAAUUCAUUCUGGUAAAUUCAGACUGCCUUUGUUUUCACAGUCUCUCUGUAUCUGGGUUGCAACCUGCUCACUCUAUGACACUCCAAGCUCAGUGGCCAUUUCCAAGAACAUCCUGUUUGUAGGUAGCGAUGUCAAAAUGUGAACAGCAUGAUGAGAGGAGUGUUUAAAUGCCAAUUCCAAUUGCAUUUGGAUAUUAUGUGGUCAAUUCAUGGCUCAAACACCUGUUGUGAAAUUUGACAUUAAACUCCUUGUGAAAGAACAGGAAGUUGUGCAGAAAGCACUGAAACAUUGGACAGUUAGACAUUGAAAAGUUGAGAGGUGGUCCAACUAAGAUCAUGUGUAAAAGUGAACCUAACAUGCACUAUAAGCAUGUUAAGUUCAUCCUGAAAUGUCACCCUUAAGCUGAAUAUCCCUAACGUUUUGUGAGUGGUGCAUGUUGACUUUAUCCAUCCAGCCAUCUAUUUUCUUACGCUUAUCCGAGGUCGGGUCGCGGGGUCAGUAGCCUUAGCAGGGAAGCUCAGACUUCCCUCUCCCCAACCACUUCCUCAACCUUUUUUGGGGGGAUCGCAAGGCGUUCCCAGGCCAGCCGGGAGACAUAGUGUCGUGGGUCAUCCCCGGGGUCUCCUCCUGGUGGGACUUGCCCGGAACACACCAGGGAGGCGUCCGGGAGGCAUCCGAAUCAGAUGCCCCAGCCACCUCAUCUGGCUCCUCUCGAUGCGGAGGAGCAGCGGCUCUCCUCUGAGAUCCUCCCGGAUGACCGAGCUUCUCACCCUAUCUCUAAGGGAGAGCCCGGACACCCUGCGGAGGAAACUCAUUUCGGCCGCUUGUUUCCGGGAUCUCGUUCUUUCGGUCACGACCCACAGCUCGUGGCCAUAGGUGAGGGUAGGAAUGUAGCUUGACCGGUAAAUCGAGAGCUUCGCCUUUCGGCUCAGCUCCUUCUUCACCACAACGGACCGUUACAAGGUCCACAUCCCUGCAGACGCUGCACCGAUCCCUGUCGAUCUCCUGUUCCAUUCUUCCAUGCCGACAUUUAGAAUUAACAUAACAGGGCGGCUGUGGCUCAGUAGGUAGAGCGGGUCGUCCAGUGUCACUGGUUCAAAUCCACAUUUCAACUCUCCGCAUGUCAAAAUGCGUUUGGGCAAGUGGGUGAAUGAGAGGCUUUGUAAAGCACUUUGGCCACUGUGAUGGUGAAGAUAAAGGGCUAUAUAAGUGAAGUCCAUUUGAUGCAGUGUUUUCUUUUUUUUUUUUUUUUUUACAGUAUAUGUAUAUCGGCGCUGUAUUCUUCAAAAUCCGAAAGUUUAUAAUCUAUGAAUCGGUAGGGUCAGAUGCAAAACUAUCACAAGCUACACUGCGAUGAAAAGAGGACACCUGUGUGCAGAACGGAAAGGAAUCGAGAGGCCUGACUGGAUGAGGGUUGGUUUGGUCGGUAGACUGAGGGCGAUGACGCCGGGUCCUUUCUGCUGCGUUUGGGUUUGCUAUGACGAUUCUGUCACGUUUGAAGGGUGUGUAGGAAGGCUGGAGUUCAUGGGAAUCGCAAAAAAAAAAGGUAAUUAUUAACAAAAAAGACACAACACAAACUAUAACAAUCAAUAAACUCCAAAAAGAUCUGAAAUAAGUAGUGACCGUAAACACAACGAAUGAUUGGAUUGGAGCAAACAGCCCCCAAUGAGGAAGUCAUAGUCUAAACAGGUCGCGCACAAAAUAGUUGAUAAAUAAGCAAUAAUUGAUCAACAAAAGUAGCUAGCAGCAUUUAGACCAUUGUAACGGAGUAAAAGUACUGUUCCUUCUUAACAUAAAUACUUGGGUAAAAGUAAAAAGUAUGCAGUAUUAGAACUACUUUGACAAGUACAAUUUAUCCAAAAUGCUACUUGAGUAAAUGUAAUGUUUUUUGUCAAACAUUUUGGGACCUUCAAAUCAUAAUGGUGAUGCCUUUAUGUUCGGCAUGCCUCCAUAAACCAGGAAGUAUCCAGCUAAAUAAUAAACACUUGGGUAAACAAAUACAAAUAAAACAGUCCACUUUCAUUAAUUACUACAGGUGGAGAGGGUCCACAGUUUGCGAUGGAGUUUUGUUCCUACAACCUGAAUUUGCUUGUAGGUCAGAAAGCACACAGUCUAUCGCUAACCUUUGCUCAUGCAGUAGUUAAGUCAUUAAUUGCAGCAAAUGUUUGUAUGAAAAAAAAGUCCUCAAUCUAAAACAAUCAAACAUAAAACAAGUGCGGCAGUAACUGCGCAUGACUUGUUAUGUUGCGAGAUGACGUAGUCUCAUGCUGCCAUGCGAAUUACAGUCGUUAAUUACAAACUGUUCGAAACAUCUGUCGGUAACAUCAUUAGCCGAGGACCCUCUGUAAUAAGUCACGCAAGUGGGACAAAUCGAUACAAGUGCUUAUUAAUACAACAAUUUGGUUAUGUUUACUGGGGAGCCUCUAAACUGAAACAACCCCGAGGUUUUAAAAUUCAAAAUUUGACAAAAAUGGGACCAACUGUUCUGGUGAUGGCAGGCAAGGUGACAGCAUAUCACGCCAGACUUCAGCAUACAUCAGGAAACUUUUGUUCACAAGGCAUUUGAUUAAUUCUG